AGAUUCUAAUGAAAGUCGAAAAUCAAGUCUCGAGAUGCGAAUAUUUUCAGCUUUAAAAAUUCUCUUUCGAAAGUUUUUGUAUUUCAAAAUGUGAGUCUUGCUUUUAUAUCCCCCCCCCCUUCCCAAAUCGACUCAAGAUCUCAUUGUCAAUCAGAAAAUUCUGGCAUGGGUACUGUGUACAAGAUGGCUGCAAACAUGGAGCAGUGGUUUUGUGCCGAGUUGGGCAAACUCGGAAUUGAUGCUACCGAAGACAAUGCACAGUACAUUCUAUCGAUUGAAGAUGCAAAUGAUUUAGAGGACUACAUGAGGGAACUGCUUGAUGCCUCUCAUCCAAAAGUUCGGGUAUUCUUGCAAGAAUUAAGGUCAAGGUGCAAAGUGAAUGGUGGCCAUGACAGUGUUCAGGCAUAUAAAAAGGAUUUUGGGGAAUUGCCUCAAACUGCCAAGUCAAAGAAGAAGAAAGGAAAAGAGUCUUCUGGUUUGAAUGAUCAAAGUCAGCCAAGAGGACAAAACAAUUCAGUGGGUAUCAACGAGAUUUCAGAACAGAGAGCAGCUACAUUUCAACAGUCUACCCUCUCUGGUCAGGGAAACUCUGCUGAAAUUGGUAUAGGAGCAAAGAAAAAGUCAAAAUAUGUGCCUUUGUACAGUAAAGAAGGCCAAGCCAAGUCUGUGAUCCAAAUUCCAGGUCGACAUACAUGUGAAUGCCAAGCAGCAAAACACAAACUGAUCAACAACUGCAUGAAGUGUGGUAGAGUUGUCUGUGAGCAAGAGGGAGCGGGGCCUUGUGUCUUCUGUGGAAACUUGGUCUGCACCCCUGAAGAUCAGGAAAUAGUUUCCAGGGGCUCAAAGAAAGGAGAAAAAUUACGACAGUAUCUGAUGAAGGGAACUAACUUGGGACAAUCUGGAGAAAAUGCUGAUCAUGUGCCUUUACCUCAUGCUCUUGCCAAGUCUCAGCAGGGAUUUGACAGGGCUAUGAAACACAGAGACAAACUAUUAGAGUAUGACAAAAACAGUGUGAGAAGGACGCAAGUGAUUGAUGAUGAGUGUGACUACUACGCCACUGAUGCCAACCGCUGGCUCAGCAACGACGACAGAGAAAAACUACGGAAACGUGAAGAGGAACUCCGGCAUGCUCGACAUGGCUCUCGUCGCGACAGGAAGAUCACUUUCGACUUUGCUGGCAGGAGAGUUGUGGAUGCUGAGGAGGAUGCUGGGAAGUCCAUGUACAAUAAUGAAGAUGCUGUGAUCCAGCAAGUGCAUUAUGGGAAGUCGGCAGCCAAUGGAAAGGCUCAGGAGAUUAUCAAUCCCACCAUUGUUUCUGAACCACCUAUAUUUAUUGAAGACCCAUCAUCAAGAGGGGGCGAUUCUAUCAAAUCUUCCUCCGGAUUUUCACACAAGAUACAGUCAAAGUCUAGUCGUAUUCAGGACCGAGAACUGCAGGAGAUGUCGGAUGAAGGAAUGUGUAUGAGCAUGCACCAACCUUGGGCGUCACUGCUUGUGUGUGGAAUAAAAAUGCACGAAGGAAGAACGUGGUAUACUCCUCACCGAGGACGUUUGUGGAUUGCUGCCACGGCGAAGACGCCACCAACAGAGGAAAUUGCAGAAAUGGAGCAGAUGUACCGUGCCUUGUACGGAGAUGUUGGGCUGCCCUUUCCUUCGGAGUAUCCAGCUGGAUGCUUGUUAGGCUGUGUAAAUGUUGACGACUGUUUAGACCAGGAUGAAUACAGGAAGCAAUUCCCCGAUGGAGAGUCAGGGUCACCGUAUGUGUUCAUCUGUACCAGCCCCCAGCAGUUGAUAGUUAAGUUUCCCAUCAAAGGAAAGCACAAAAUUUAUAAACUGGAGACUCAUAUACACCAAGCAGCAAAGAAGGGUCUGAGAUAGCACUAGUGUUGUUGAAUGGUUUUUCUGUUUGUUGUAAGUUGCUGAAUGAUCAUGGAAAUGGUUCUUGACUUUUGAAAGAUCGUGGAAAUGGGUUUUGACUUAUGAAUGAUCAUGGAAAUGGGUCUUGACUUAUGAAUAAUCGUGGAAAUGGGUGUUGCCUCAGAAGAGGAUGAAUCAUAAUAAUCUUUGUGGAUGGUUGAAAAAGGCUGUGUGAUUCAUGUUUUACUUGUACAUUUGAUGGAUGAGCUAAGGGAAGACAGACUAUUCUUUGACAAUUUAGCAGUUUUGGUAUUGAAUUUUGGUGAAAACUGCAAACUGUAUUGUCAAAGGUUUCUUUCUAGUUCAUUUUUAAAAAAUGGAUUGUUCCUUAUUUUAGGUCUAGAUUGGCCACAAGUAUCAACAGUGUUGCUUUGUUUCGUACUUCGAUAAACCUGAACCACACUGUGUAGUUUUAAACAAGAAACUGCAAAGUGAUUCCGUUUUUUUUUCUGCAGCAACAUAUAAUCUUGGCCAUGUAACCUAGUUUGUGACUUUUGAAGACAAUAUGUGAGGCAUCAUGGUGAAAUAAGGUGCUUGUCAAAAUAAUAAAAUUAACCCUUUAAGACCGGGACACAUCUGCCUAAGAGUGACCCCACUCAGGAAAAAUGGGGGGUGACCCAUUUCAGGUGCAUUCUAAAGGAUAAUAUUUAGAAUAAACUAAGAAAAGUAUAUAUUUUCUGAAAUGUGACAGAAUUAGGUUCUAGAAAAUAAUGUUUUCAUGCAAGUUGAGAUUGAUUUUGCUUUAGUAUGACUCUCUGUAAUGAGUCACUGAAUAGUAAAGUAAAAAAAUAAAAAAUUGACCUGUCAUUUUCAAACCUCUUCUACACAUAAUAUGGACUAGACAUAUGAAUCAUUUUCAUUUUUUAUUGUAGAAAAUUCUAUUUCUGACAGCUCCUCCAAAUUUCAGCAAUAUUCAUUUAUGUCUUUAGAAGUUAUCACCUUUUUUGUCCAACCCCCGCCCUCCCCAAAAUGGAAAAAUUAAUUUUGUUCUUGAAAUUGACCAGGUAUAGAUCUAAAUAAUUUGAGUGCUUCAUAUAAAACCAUAUGUUGGUGUGGCUAAAAUUACCACAUUGCUGGUGGUUAGGAAAUUAUGCAAAAUGCAAAAAUCUGCAUUAUUUCACCACAUAUGGGUCAAAUUAUGUAACAUAAGCAAACACCCCACAGUGACAGUGGUGAUGGAUAAACACAGAGUACCAAGACAUACAAACAUGACAGAAAAAA